AUGGCCGACAUGGCAGCCGUGCCAGGCCUCACAGUGUACAACCUUCCCACGUCGCCUCCUAAUUGGGAUCGCGUGGGGGUCUUCUACAUAGCAUUCUGCUCUGUAUGGACCGCUCUUUUACUUGCCGGGAUGGUGUUCUGCUUGUUUAACCGCCGUGUCCCAAUGCUCAGGGUCCGCGGCCUGCCGCUUUCAUUCUCUGCUAUCGCGCUUCUCCAUGUCUACUGGAUUCUCGGCCAGAUCACCUAUCCGAUUGGCGCGACGAUGCCGACUGUCCUUGCCUACGAUAUUCAGUAUUUUGGCAUGGGUAUUUACUUUCCGCUAGGAAUCGCCCUGUUCCAUGCCUCCAACCUUCGCUUUCUUCACGUCGCAAAGCUCCAGCGACAGCAGUUUGCUCAUCCCGAACUUCGAGCCGGAAGACGAUGCAAUGGCUCCGACACUUCGUGGCUGUGUCGACUACGAAAUAUGGAUUACAUGAAAAGAGCCUUCCUUUUUAUCGGUAUUGGAAUGGUCUUGCAGUUCAUCCUCUCCGUCUGCAUGUGGCUGGCUUGCGCCAAGUAUCAUCCGACCUACGGUAUUCCCGGAACCGAGUUGAAGGGCUCGACAGUCCCUGAGCAGAUCUUGGACCUGGGCCGAGGAUGGGAAUGGUGGCCAUCCAUGUUGUGGCAAGUCAUCUGGACUUGGAUCGCCGCUCCAUUGCUCAUCUGGAAAGCCUGGGGAAUCCGCGAUACGAUGGGCUGGCGGACUCAGACAAUCGCCUGCUGCGUCUCGAGUCUCCAUGCGACCCCGAUGUUCCUGAUCGCAUCGUACGUUCCUGCCUUUCAGAAGGUGAAUGUUUACUUCACGCCGAGUCAAUGGAUCCAUGUGUCGAUCAUGAUGUUCGAGAUCUUCACUGUAUUCGUUCCAAUCUUCGAAGUCAUCAAGCUCUGGGUCAUGAGCUGGAGGACAAACGAUUUGAUGACCAAGUUGAACUCGGGAUCUUCAUCAACCUUGUUCGGAGGAUCCCUGUCUCUAGACAACAAGAGCCCAAUGUCGUCUAGCUUCGCCGAAAAAGGGAAGGCAGUUGAGGUUGUAAACGAAGGCAGUAAUGACCGAACAUAUACAAUGGAAGCUCUUGAGGCCGCCCUCGCAACGAAACCCGAAGAACUCCAAGAGUUCGCAGCACUUAGCGACUUCUCCGGCGAAAACAUCGCCUUCCUCAGCGAAAUGGCCAAAUGGAAAUCGGCCUGGCCCAAGAGACUCGACAUCGAAAACGAGCAGCAGGUAAUCGGUGCAUUCAACCAGGCGCUGCGCAUCUACGCCGGUUUCAUCAGCACCCAAGACGCCAAGUUUCCGCUUAACAUCUCGUCGCACAGUCUCAAGCACAUGGAAUCUGUCUUCGAGAAGCCCGCUCGCAUCCUGUUUGGCGAGAAGAUCGUCAACCAUACAUCGCCGUUCGAUGUUGACCCGUUCGCCUCAUCGUCUAAUACGAUUCUUGACAUUCAGGCGAACUAUACGGGAGUAAUCCCCGCUGGCUUCGACAUGGCCAUCUUUGACAGUAUCCAAGACCACGUCAAAUACUUGGUUUUGACCAACACCUGGCCGAAGUUUGUUCAGGCGAUGAGCCGCCGCUCUGAAGACACGGAGUACAGCGCCUAUUCAGCAGAAUCGGAGACAUCAUUGUCGAGCUGGAUUUCGGAUACGCGAAGGAAGCUGAAAUCAUUCCUUUGA